AUGGCGCCUUCGGCAGCAACCUCUGGCAUCGAUUCGACACAAGUCAAUACCAACAUCAAGUCGGCGAACAUUGGCGUCUACACAAAUCCUGAGCACGAACUCUACAUUAAGGAGACUGCAGUCCCUACUCCCGGUCCCGGAGAAUGCUUGAUUCACGUGCGUGCGACUGGCAUCUGUGGAUCUGAUGUGCACUUCUGGAAGAAAGGCCAUAUUGGCGACAUGAUUGUCGUCGGAGAAAAUAGAUUGGGCCAUGAGAGUGCUGGCGUUGUCGUUGCUGUUGGAGAAGAAGUAGAUGCAUUCAAGAUCGGUGACUUAUCCCCCGGAGCUGUAUCAACUUGCUUUGCUGACUUUCCACANGGAGAUCGUGUUGCGCUCGAAUGUGGUGUNCCCUGCAAUAAGGCCACAUGCUUUUACUGCCGGACUGGCAAGUACAACGCCUGCCCCGACGUCGUCUUCUUCUCUACCCCACCUUACCACGGCACACUUGCUCGUUACCACGUUCACCCACAUGAAUGGCUGCACAAGCUUCCAGACUCCCUGUCAUUCGAGGAAGGCUCUUUGUUGGAGCCCUUGUCUGUAGCAUUGGCAGGUAUCGAUCGUUCCAUGUUGCGUCUUGGUGAUGCUACCGUCAUCUGCGGAGCUGGGCCCAUUGGGUUGGUGACCCUGCUUGCUGCACACGCUGCCGGAGCGAACCCGAUUGUUAUCACCGACCUCGACGAAAACCGUCUAAACACGGCCCAGAAACUUGUGUCGCGUGUCAACACGGUGAAGAUCGCCCUGAAAGAAGAACCCAAGGAUGUAGCUGCCCGCAUCACCACAAGUCUUGGUGCUCGAGCCAAGAUCGUCUUUGAGUGCACCGGCGUUGAAUCGAGUGUUCAGUCUGCCAUUUACGUAAGUGACUGCUCCUCACCGACUGAAAUUGGAAUUCGGCUAACCACAACGCAGUCUUGCGCAUUCGGAGGACUCGUAUUUGUCAUUGGCUGUGGCAAGGACUUCCAGAACAUUCCAUUCUCUUACAUGUCUGCAAGAGAGAUCGAUCUCAAGUUCCAAUAUCGCUACAAGGAUACAUAUCCAAAGGCCAUUGGACUUGUUGCCGCAGGUCUUGUGGACCUCAAGCCAUUGGUGACCCAUCGCUACACACUUGACCAAGGCGAGGAUGCUUUCAAGAACGCUUCUGAUCCCAAGGCAAGAGCGAUCAAAGUCCAGAUUUUGGAUGAUUAA